UGAUAGGUGGAAAGAAUGGGACCAUUGAUUGACAAAGUGGCCAAAGACAAUCAUAUUGGACAUGUCAUCGACCUUGGUGCUGGACAAGGUUAUCUUUCAAGAACCAUGGCAUUUCAAUACGAUUUACAAGUGAUGGCGAUUGAUGGAUCAGAAGUUCAGACAUGUGGAGCAAAACGAUUUGAUACCAUGGCAAUCAAAGGAUUCAAGGAUAAAGAACAUUUGAUUCAUCAUGUCACUGAUCUGUUUACUCCCGAAAAUGCAACCGAUAUCUUACAAUCAUUACAACAACAACAUACACAUCCUUCUUUGUUAAUCUGUGGUCUUCAUGCCUGUGGUGAUCUUUCAACUAUGAUGCUCCGGCUUUUUACGCAACAAUCUGACAUCCAAGCUUUGGUCAAUGUGGGUUGCUGUUAUCAUUUUUUAUCCCAUCAAGGUCCAUCUCCUGGAUUUCCCAUGUCACGUACUCUACAAUCCUUUCAACUUGGUUCUACUGCUUGUAUGCUGGCCUGUCAAGCUCCUUCUCGUUGGUUGGAUCAAAAGGAGGCAAGUAUCAAGGCUUACGAACAUCAUUUCUUUCGAUGUUUAUUACAGUGGAUGAUGAUUGAAAAAGGAUUGAUAUCGGCAACAGAUAAGGCUCCCAUCAUAGGUCGACUGAACAAGAAACGUGAUUUUGAUUCUUUUCCUAUUUAUGUAAAGGCGGCGUUGACAAGACUAGGUAUGGACCCAAAUGCUAUUUCAUCUGAUGACGCCGCAGCUCAGUAUCAUCAUUACAAACAUACGGCUCAAGUGGACAAACGGAUUGCUGUACUUUGGACUCUUAGAGCUCUUCUUGGUCCAGUGAUUGAAUCAUUCAUAUUGAUGGAUCGUUAUAUGUAUUUGGAAGAAACUGUACCACCGAGUCCAACAAAAUCCGUAUCUAUCUUGCCUCUAUUUGAUGAUCUUGUUUCUCCAAGAAAUAUGGUCAUUGUCGCCACAAAGUAGUAAUAACAGUAGUUUAGAUAUUUUUUUUUUUGUCAACUAG